UGAGAUUUGCAAUAUUUUUUAUUUAAAACGUGGAAUAGUUUUGCAAGCAGCUGUAAUUUUAGUGCAUUAACCUUAUUAUUACAAUUUAACGUAUCUUUUUCUUAUUGUUGAUCACCAUCAAAAUCUUCUAAGUCAUUUAUUUAUCAGUCACAAAUUACAACAAUGCUACAAUACGGUGUCAUGGAAGUGGUGUGAAUUUAUUUAGGAUGGAGUGGAGCGUCGGAGUGGCAGUGAGCAAGCAAGCGCCGAGGAGAGAGCAGCGUCGCCGUCUUCUCAGUCCAAUCCGGCUUCCUCUUGUGACGAGAGCCAGAAGCGUCUGACCACGCCGCUCCUCAAACCUAUCUACCGGUCGGAUAUUGCUCUUCUUAAAUUGAUACUUUGAGACAGUGUUUGUGCUGCAGUGAUGUCGGACGAUAGUCUGAACGACCUUCUGCUGGACCGCAUCCGGCUGUGUGCGUUGCGACCCGCAGACAAUGCGGAUCUGCUGCGUUCGUCCGCCGCUCGGCUGCACAGCAGGGCUGCCUCGCAGGAUCGAGAAAUCAGAGAAAGGACUCUCUCACGCCUUAGACGAAAACGAAGUGAUGCAUUGGAUGUUCUAAUGGGCCUUCUUGAGAGUGUUCGAGACCAUGUAACUGCUGCAAGCGUGGCAGGCACAAUCCGCGAAUGCAUCGCGCACAAAACUGGAAGUAUGCGAGGACCAACAAUGCGACGCUUAGUGGACAUGAAUGCCACUCAAGUAUUCGUCAAACUUGUCAUAUCUCUGAAUUCAAGGGAAGUCGGACAGUCCGAGGUGCUAAUGCAAGAAUUACUCUGGAUUCUAGGACAAAUCUCACCAAAAGACUCGAAAUUCUCAAUCAAAGCACGGCUGCUGAAUGGAGUGAAAGUGUUCCAUAAUCUGCUGCGUGCUCGUUACUUCAACCACAAUCGUAUGCUGGUGCCUCUCCUUCUCAUCAUCAAGUCUCUUGCCAAAAAUGUAUCUGUCGUGUCGUUGGUUUUUCUGAAUUAUGUUUCAAUCCACUUUGCAGACUCGAAAUUCUCAAUCAAAGCACGGCUGCUGAAUGGAGUGAAAGUGUUCCAUAAUCUGCUGCGUGCUCGUUACUUCAACCACAAUCGUAUGCUGGUGCCUCUCCUUCUCAUCAUCAAGUCUCUUGCCAAAAAUGCCACAACUACACACGUUCUUGUAAAAGAUGGAAUUUGCACCACAUUGGAUAAAACCAUGAUUGCUAAUGGAUAUUCACCAAACACAAAGCUCAAACUACUUCUAACAGUCAUCUGCUACCUAAGCAGAAGCAAUAGGUUUUGCGCUAGAAUGGUAAAAGUUGGUCUUGGACAGCAAGUGCUGCGAGUUUUCGAGAGAUGGGAAAGAUUCGACGGAAAAAUGAGAUACCGCAUCUGCUACUACACACUUCAGACACUGCAAAAUCUAUGUAGCACCAAAAUCGGUCGAACGUACAUGAGCACCGGGAACGGACUGAGCUACCUGCACAAGUUCUGUACGAACUGCCCUGACAACGCCCAGCAUGACACGCUCAUGAGCAAGGCCUGCACCAUCAUCAGUCUCUGCUUGGAGAAGAAGGAUCUGCCCAUCAGCUCUGCCAUCAGUCCGGCUCGCUUCCCAUUGGCCGAUCUCUGCAAAGUGGAUUCAACGAAAUCGGUGUCAGACAGCGAUGACAGUGUGUCGGACCAAUUGGAAGACGAGGUCGAUGAUGACGAUGAGGAGAAUCUGGACCAGGACAUGAAAGACAAAGACAGAAGUGACAACGAUACACCCUGUCCUUCUCUGCCCAACAACCUGCUCUUCCAAGCACGCCGUCGCGACUCCGAUGAUCUCCAUAUGUAUGAUCAGAAGUGGAGUGAAAUGAUCUCAUCGCCAACCGACAAAAACAGGUUUGGGCGGCAAUUUUCUUACUGUGAUUCGAUAACCAGUAAACUGAAUAGUAUGAAUACAAAAUCAGCCAAUAGGUUGAGUAGAAACUGUUCCUUGAAUUUAGUGGAUAAGAAACCUGAUGGUAGACUUCUCAACAAUAAUCUAGGAAAUGGCAGCAACUUGAAAAUUCUGAGCGGUUUCUCAGUGAAAGAUACUCACCGCACGGCUUAUUGCAAGAUAGCGUCGCGGGUGAACAGUGUGAUCCGAUUUGUGAAGGUCGCCUACCCUGAUAUGAUUGGUGGCACCCAGCUGGAUGGACCGGAUCCUCUCUUCGUCAGAGACAGAAAGUCCUACAGGUUGAAAUUGCUGACUAGUAUAGAAAGGAAUUUGUACCCGGAGCAUACCAACAGUAACGUGAUAUACGACAUGGAUCAUCUAGUCACUAUACAAAGUGAUCGAAAAGAAGAUCUUACGAAUUUUGAUGAAGAACGUCUGGGUGUUGCAGAGUUGAAUGUCAAUAGCCUGAAGUUUGAAUCUCGUUUUGAGAGCGGAAAUCUUAGGAAAGCUAUACAGGUUGGUCCAAGAGAAUAUGACUUGAUAAUGAUGCCAGACGUGAACUCAUCUCACCAUCACAACUGGUUCUACUUUGAAGUGUCCAAUAUGGACAACUGCUCGCCGUAUACGCUCAAUAUCAUCAACUGUGAUAAACCAAACAGCCAGUUCAAUUUCGGAAUGAGACCAUUGCUAUUUUCUGUGAAAGAGGCUGUUCAGAACAGACCAAUUUGGAUGCGUGCCGGGACUGACAUUUGUUACUUCAAAAAUGCCUACAGUUGUCCUGGAAAAACUAAGAAAAAGAAAACCUUUCAGACAAUUUCUUUCACAAUACAGUUCCCACACAGUCUAGAUGUCUGCUACAUAGCAUAUCACUUCCCUUAUACGUAUAGUAAGUUAAUGUAUAAUAUUUGGCAUUGGAGUAACAGAUUACUUCCUAGUAACCUUUACUUUCGAGUUGAAAAUCUGUGCUGUACUCUGAACAAUAAUGAAACACCUCUUCUAACCAUUACUGCCAAAGAGACUGAUGACAAUAAGCUGAAAGACCGCGAAGUGGUGUUUCUGACGGCGAGAGUGCACCCGGGAGAAAGCAACACGUCGUGGGUGAUGCAGGGCACUCUGGCACUCCUGCUCGGCGACUCCACGCCGGCUGUUAACCUGCGCUCCAAGUUUGUCUUCAAAAUAAUGCCCAUGCUCAAUCCGGAGGGUGUCAUCAACGGAUGUUAUAGAUGUGGUCUAUCUGAUGAGGAUCUGAAUCGUAAGUGGAAUAACCCAGACCCGAAAAGGCAUUCUGUGAUUUAUCAUACUAAAGGUCUGAUCGAAUACAGUUGUCGACUACUGAAGAAAGUUCCAUUUGUGUAUUGCGACUACCAUGGUCACUCUCGUCGCAAAAACGUGUUUCUAUUUGGGUGUUCCCCGGCACAGAGUUGGCUCAGCUCCGAUAAAGAACUACCCGAAUCUCCCAUCGAUGUGACGAUGUUGCCAGCCCUGCUGUCAUCGGUGGCGCCGGCCUUCGAUUUGUCUCAAUGCAGCUUCGUGGUGGAGCAGGGCAAGGAGGCGACGGCACGCAUCUCCGUUUGGCGACAGUUCGGUGUGCAGCGCAGCUACACCAUGGAGAGCAGCUAUUGUGGAUUCGAUGUCGGCCUCUACAAGGGUAACCAUAUGACCAUCCCAAUUCUAGAAGAAAUGGGAAGAACUUUUUGUGUAGCACUGCUGUACCUGAGUGAUGGCAAUUGGCUCGGUGAUAACCUCGACUCAGAAGCCAAGUUACUGUCAACGAUCUCAUUGAAGGAGUCAAGCGAGCCUCGAUCGUGCGUCGAUGAUUUCUAUAUUGAGUCCAGUGAUUCAGACUUUAGUGAUAAUGAAGUGGAUAAAAAGUGAUGUAUUAGUCAACUGAUAAUGGCAUUGAAUAUGGAUACCGGUAGGCCUAAUCAUUCUUUGGAUUUAUGAAUGACCUUACACAAUAUACUACUCGUAGAUAAUUGAACUAAAGUAUAGUUUUUCGACUACUAAUAGAUAUUGAUUCUAAUACAAAUUCUCGUUAUUUUUAGCCAUUAAAUGUUAUACAACUCUCUUGAAUGAAAAGUGUCAUUAGAAGCAACUAUAAAUUGUUAAAUUAUAAUGCAAUGAGAUGAGAAUGUAAUAUUUAGUUGGAAUUGAAAUUGAAUAAUGCACUCACCAAAGAUCCCCUGUUUUCAAUAAAUUUUUGUUCACUUAAUAAAUGCAUUAUUAAAUUAUUCAAUGUCAUCAUUUAAUGUACGGUACUCUGUAAAAUUUCGUGUAGUUACGUGUAUAUAUGGUAAUUAUUUAUUUUUAGAUCAUGGUAAUAAUUGUCAUUAAAAAAUAACUCAUUUCCAACAA